AUGGUGCAACAAACUUCCUCAGCUAGUACCGAUUCAAAGCAAACAGAGCGCGGAAAUCUUCUUGGUUCCAUUCGCACUGUGCUUCUUGGCUUAUUGCGCGCAGACUGUAUCACAUCAUCCCAAUUUGGCGAGCUUGAGAAAUUGGUCGAUGUUAUGGAUCAAAUGGUCAAGCCCCUGCCACGCGAAUCAAACGGCAGUGAAGUCGAGAGCGCGGAACCAAUUAUGAUUGCUGGGAGGGAGGCUAGGUUCCCGUCAAAUCGUCUUGGGGCGGAUAAACUCAUCGAGAUAAUCGAAUAUAGCAUUCAGGAGCAUAUCAGGGUUAUGGACGAGGCCGAAGUGACCAUCAGCGAGGCUCGUCGUACGAUUGUGAAGGCAGAGAAGGCGUAUUCAGAGGCGACGGUGGGGAUAGCGGCAGACUCUGCUGACGUUGAACUCGUAAGACAGGCUGAACGCCAGACGACCAUCGCAACACAGUGGAUCGAGGACGUUAUCAGGAGGCGGGUAGAAGGGCAAGAUACAUCUGAAGAUUGGGCUGACGUAGGUCAAGAGGGAGAGAAUUUUGAUGUUUACAUGGAAAGGAUAUCAAGAGAGUUGGUCCUUCGCCAUGGCGGGUUGGCACUCGCCCUUCUCCCACCGCUGCCCGCAUCCACCAGUGCAAGCUGCCCGCCACCAACAACCCAGUCAACCCUCGUCGAUGUCGUCGUCGAAGGCAUGGGCGGCGGAAACGAGCCCGGCGAAGGAUGGCAGGUCCCUCCUGAAUUGGUCUUCUUCCUCAGAUCCCUCGGCGAGCGGCUCGACCCUUUCAGCCCCACCGACACAAGAGCCUCUGCCACCUCCGCACCCGCCGGCCCCACCAAAUCACUCACCGCCGCACUCAACCAUGCCACACUGAGACCCACAACAGACCAGCCAGCGAUCGUCGCCCUCUUCACCGAACUCGUCGUCACCGAGCGCGCCUAUCUCAAGCGGAUCGCCGCCCUCAACCAAUCCUACGCGAUCCCACUCAAGACCUUCUCCAAAUCAUCCCAGACCAAGAUCAUCGACAAGUACGAAGCCACCUCCAUGUUCGGCAAGAUCGACGGCGUCGUCUCAGCCAACACAUCCCUCCUCGACACCCUCGAAACCUGUCUGCAGAUCAUCGAACACCAUUCUGGAUCCGCACAAUGGGCCGACAUCCUCAGCAACCAUCUCCCCAACAUCUAUCGCCCCUAUCGCGACUAUCUGGGUGCAUACGACUCCAUCAAGGAAACCGAACAGAAACUGCUCAAGAAAUCCGAAGGCUUCCGCCAGUUCUGUGAACGUACCAAGGAGGCCAUGUAUGACGAGGGCAUGGGCAGGGUCGGGCUGAGAGAGCUGCUGAUGGAGCCUGUCCAAAGAAUCACCCGGUACAUCCUCAUCUUUGAACAAAUGUUAAAGAAGAUGUCCUCCAACGAUCCCGCCAGAUCCGGCCUCUUGGCCUGCAUAGCCACCUGUAACCAAAUAGCAGUAUGCGAACUGGACGACCAUCUCAUCAAGGCGGCCACCAUGUGGGGACUCCAUCGCUCCAUCGACCAUUUCCCAGCCAUCCUCGUCAAGCCAGGCCGAUACUUCAUCGACUCCAUCGACGUCCUCGACAUCAUCCCCGACACGCCCAGCCCGACGGUGCUCCACUGUACCCUCUUCCUCUUCAACGACACGAUCGUGAUCGCCAAGAAACCGGCGAACGGACAGCUCACGGGGAGAACCUUGGCAGGGUUGGAUGACAUGGACCGACUGGUGGCCGCCAUGAAGAAGUCCAAGACGAACACCUCCUCUCUCAACUCGGUCGUCAGUGGCGGCACAGACUUCUUCUCCAAGUCGCUCGGCGGACACAGCAGCACCCCCACCAAGCUCAAGAAGGGCAGCAUGCGGUUUAAAGGGUACGUUGAUGUCCAUGACGUCAUCGUCGUCAACGAGCCCGGCCAGGUCGGCAUCGGCCCGGCCACCGAGGUCGGCUUCGACCUCUACCUCCAACGGCCCCCACAGGACGUCUCCCCCCGCUGGUCCGAUCGUCCCUUCCGCCACUACGUCGUCUGUCCUCCCCCCACCCCGGCCCUCUCCGGACACGAGAAAAGCCUCUCCCUCUCCGCCCACCCUUCCUCCUCCGCCUCCUCCUCCAACCAACCACCCUUCCCCACCAGCCACUCUCUCUCCCAUAAAUCUCACCCUAACCUGGGCUCCCAACAAGCCUAUGCUGCCGCACUCGCCGAACGCGAUCGGUUCCUCGACAACCUGAGGAAAUCCCAGGCCCUCGUCAAGGCUGCCGACGAUCGCUCAACUGUCAUGCGCACUAAAUUUAUCCACGAUAAUGAUCACAAGGCGGUGAUCGAUAGCUUUUGGAACUUGUAUGACAAAGAAACGUAUUUGUAUGAGCAGCGAAAACAUAGAGUGGUCCUUCAGCUCGUUGGUACCGAUGCAGUCGAUCCGCUCCAAUUCGUCACCGAAUCCACCGAUCCCGCGCCCCCCCUGAUGAUCAUCCGUGCCCACUUCAACGACCCCGACGAUCCCGAUUGUCGCGUACACGUCCGACGCAAACCGAAUUACGUUUUUCCUUCGCUCAACGCGUCGAUCGAUAAAGCUGAAGAAGAUAUUGUGGUUCAGACUGAAUUUUUGAGCGGGCUGAUCGUCCGGAUUAUUCAAGCGUACGGAAUCGCGGACAUUCCUCGAGGCCAUAUUCCCUCGGCAACCUCCAUGAGCCAACAACACUCGCAACAGCCGUAUAAUCCACCUGCUAAUCCACCCUCACCCUCGCGGGGGUUCCGGACCAAGUCGGCGACGAUUCUGCCGGAGAAUGGGGUGAACAGUGCGUUGCCACACCGACUGUUUGGGACAAAGGAGGGUCUGUCGCGUACCAAAUCGCUGCGGUCGGGGCAUUCGAAAAGCAUCUCGAACGGCGCGACGGCCAGUACGCCCGGUACACCCUCGGCUGCCCUGCGCGAGAUCCAGCCCACGGCGACCCGCUCCCCGGGCGGGCCGGUGUGGUACCGCAACUCGCACAAGGGCGGCGGGAUAGCCAGGGGCGAGGGCGGAUUCACGAGCCGGUUGCAGGAGCAAGCCGAGCCUAACCCGGCCCUGUUGUACGACGACCUGCCACGCUUAAGGAAGGAAGGGGCCCCGCGGUCACCGAGCCCCGCUCGAAGCACGCUCAAGGGCAAGGGCCGUGCAGGCAGCGUCGUUGAGGGGGAGGAGGAGGAGGAGGAGGAUCCCCGAUGGGCAGGUGCAGAGAGCGAGUCCCAAUGUAGCAGCGUCAGCGGCCUCAGCUCCUAUGACGACGACGACCUUGAAGAGCAGGCCUUGACGCGCCCACUCGACCCCGGCUCUCGGCCACGCACGCUCGUCGGCCCCCGCCAACUCGUCCCUCCUCCGGACCGACACAUCUCGGCCGUCACCAUGCUCACACGGGCAAAGUCUGAGCCGCCCGGCAAAGACCCCAAAAUCGCGACGCUCGGCCCCCGGCGGCUCCCCGAAACCGGCGCAGGCCUCCUUGGUGACAGCGAUAGAUUCGCGCGCGAGGGCGGUUCUAGAAACCCCUCUGGGUCGAGCCUGGGUAAGCGUAGCCGCUCCGUCGACCUCCACCCGCACGAGGACUCCGUCGAUGCCGAUUACCAUCAGGACCUUCCGGGGCCGAAAAAAGUGCACAAAACAAGACCCCUCGUCGUCCGUAAACCUCCUCCCCCGUCUGCUGCUACUGCUACUGCUCCGGCUCCAACCGUCGCCACCGCCUCGGCUGCAAACGGUAAACUAUCCUCCAACCGUCAGCACGAUCCCCUUGAAGAGGACGAGGAGGACACUCUCAGUUGCGUCGAGAACAACGCCGAGGUCGGGCCCUCUGCGGCCUCGACUGCUGCUCCGACUCUUGAGGGGGGCGGAUCGGAGGAAGAUCUCGGGACGAAAGAGCUGUUCCAUGAGGUCAAGGGCAAGAUGCGGGCGAUGAAGAGCCAGAUCAAGAAGCUCAAGCUCGAGCUCGGGAAGAUCGGCUCUGGUUCUGCGCCCGCCGCGCCCGAGCCCCACCCGUCCUCGUCGUCGAUGGGGCCCUCGAUCAGUACCGGUGGUGCUGAGAAUGGUGGGCGGAGCGUGAACGGCAGCAUUCCGCGGUCGCCGCGCAAGCUGCACUUAUCCGAGGUGGCGAGGUCCACCGACGCCUCCUCCGCUUUGCUCAAGCCUUCGCACCCCCAUCUACAUCGCAAGCCCUCCGCCGCGUCGGCCUCCUCCACGAUGACGACGUCACCAGCCGGGCCCGCGUUGGCUAUCGUCCACGACCUCGACAGGACGCUCGACAGUCUUGAGCGGAAGGUCCGGCUCGUCCAAAAUGUGGAGAAAGAGCACACGGGCGCACUGCGGACGCGCCACGCCACCGCGCUUGACCAAAUGAAGAAAGAGCGCGACCGGGCCUCCAACAUCCUCGCCCUGCAGACGAAAAGAGACGAGGCGGGCCAAGAGAUCCUCGUGCGCCUGGAGAAAGAGAACGCGCAUCUGUACGACGCGUUCAACGAGGAGCUCGACAAGAUGUUCGCGGACAUCCAGCUGCCCGACUCGCAGGCCGUCCCGCUGAUCAUCCAGGACCUGAAGGCCGUCGCGGCCGAGCGCUCCGCGCUUUCUACCGCCCUCGGGGCCGCCCAGAGGUCGUUGCAGCUCGAGGCCGCAAAGGCCGAGUGUCUCGAAAACUUGCUCCGCCAGGCCGGCCUCCUCUAA